CUUUAGAAAGUGAUCUAGAUAUUUCAGAUAUUUAUGUAUUAUUAGGUGCUUUAACAAAAGAUUAAUGUAAAGGUGACGAUGAUUUUUAGAUACCAGAUUUAAGAUUAACUUUGGAUUGAUUCUAUUCAAAAUGCAAAUCAAAUAAUUACAGAGGUUUAAUCAAAAGACUUCGAUAAUGAAUGAGGCAAAUUACGCUAACUCAAUCUAUCUUGUUUUAAUUUGCUCAUCAUUUAUUGCAUAUGUAAAUUCAAAAAGUAUUAUUCAAGAUGAACAUCCUUUUCAGGCUUAUAAUUAAGCACUUUACCUUUUUUUGCAGCAGCAAUACCAUCAAGUAAAAAUGGGGGCUUGAUUUUAGAUUUUUAUAGUUACAUAUAUAUAUAUUAUAAAUGAAUUAUGCAAACCCAUUUUCAUUAACAUCUUAUACUAGUUUUUUAAGUCCAAAAGACUAACGUAGCAGAUUGACUAGUUUCCAAUCUAAUAAUCAAUCCAUUAAAUCAAAUAAAUCUGUAUCUCCUAAAAUGAAUUUUAUUCCACAACCUUAAUUCCUUAAGACACAAUAAUUAUCUCCUAAAUCUUAAUUCUUAUCAUAACAUCAAAAUCAAAAACUUACAAAAAAACCUAUUGAAAGAAUUAAAUAUGUUUCUGAACAUACAUCUACUCCAUAUUUAUACAUUCAAAAAAAACAGAAUUCAAUUCACUUUCCUGUUUUACCAAAAUUAUCACCUGAAUCUAAAAUUGAAAGUCCUAAAAUUCCAAAUAUUAAUAUAAUGACUGAACCAACUAUUAUAAUUGAAGAAUAAGCAGAAGAAUAAGAAAGCAACGUCAAAUAAAAAAAACAAUUACAAUUACUCUUAAAUAAUAAUUUAUUAUAAGUCUCUUAAUUAUCACAGAAUUAAGAUGAUCAAUUAUCAAAUAGUAAAUUAUCAAUAAGAUCUAGAUUUAAAAAAGCUGUGUAAAAUUCCUUUCAUUCUCCACCAAGGAAAGUAUUAUAUUAUAUAUUUAGUCCUUAUUUAAUGUAAUUAUAUCCCAUGAAUUUAAUGUACUACAUGAAGAAGAGAAACCUUAACUUUUAAAAAAAUUUGAACCAGGCAAUUAAAUUCUGGCUUAAAAGUUUACUAUGAAAAUUGAAAAAAAUGUUUCAAAAAAUUUAAAAUAUAUAAAAGAUAUUCAUCUAAAAAAGCAAUUUGGACUUAUUAAUUUAGAAUAAUUUAAUGUCUCUACUAAAGCAUUUUAAAGAAAAAUAAAUCUAAUUCAUUCUACAUCUUCAAGAAGUCUUAUGCAUUAAGAAUAAUUUUCAUUAUUACCCAAAUCCUCAAGAAAAUCUAUUCAUAGUAUUAGCUCAUAAAUAUAAAAUAAUGCAUUUUUUAUUAAUUCCAAUAAGAAAUUAGAUAAAAUUAAUUAAAAUUAAAAAUCACGAAAUUCUAAAGAAAAAAAGUAGAAUUUAGAUUAAACAAUUGAAGUUGAAAAAACUAAAUUUCAUAUCAUUAUUACAUAUGAAAAUGUUGAAAAAUUAUCUUUCCAAUUUAAUAAACCUCAACAUUUAAAUUAAUAAAAAGUUAUUACUGAUGAAAUAGUACCUCUACUAUCACCUUAAUCACCUAGAUAAAUAAUACCAUAAUCUUUGAUUUCUUUAAAGAAUCUUUCAUCAAGCAGAUAACUUAAUUAAAAUUAAUCUUCAAGAAAUUUAGUUGCUAAUAAAAUAUCUAAAAUAUCAAUACCUAGUGUAUUUUCAGAAGAAGCAGGAUAUAAUCUUGAUCUCAAAUAUGAUUUUAGUAAAGUAAUUAUAUUUAUAAUUAAAAAAGCCUAAUCUAUAUGUUAGAGUUUACUAUUAAAAUAAAUUAUAUAAAUUGAUGUAAAAAACUAAUUAUACAAAAUCGAAUUUAAAAGAAAUAGAAGAAAACUUUAAACCUAAAAUAGCCCUCAGUAAUAGUACCAUUAUGACAAAUGUUUAUACAGUUAUGUCUACAUCAGAAUAAGGUAUCAGAUAAAGAAAGAUUACAAAUGAAAAUCUCAAUGAUAAGUUCUAAUUUUUAGGGAUUCAAUUAUCAAAAUAUAAUAUUGAAAAAGAAAAAAUAAUUUAUCAUUAUGAUGAUGAAUAUUCAAAUAAAUCUGAAACCUUAACAAGUUAGGAUUCUGAUCAAGAUAUUUCAUUAGACAAUUUUUUAGAGAGUCCUAUUUAUAAUAACAGUAAAUUAUCAUAUAAAAAAAAGUUUAGAACCAAAAUCAAAGUAGAUUAAUUCUUUAAAGAGCCAAAAAACUCUAUAUUAUUAAGACUAACAUAAAUAAUAGUUAUAAACUUAAUUCAUUAAAGAUGAUCCCAUAGAUGAAAAAUGUAAAUAGUUUUCUUAUAAAUAGAAUUAUCAACUGGAGCUUUGAUUUUGAUUAAAAAAAGAAUGGCAUUUUAAAUACCUCUCUUUCUCUAACCAAUAAUAAGUAUAUUAGAAUAGAAAACUAAAAAUCAUCUUUUAACUUAUAAUGUAAUAAUGUGUGACAAUUAUAAAAUGGGAGUUUUGACUGAUAAACAUUAAAAUGUUUAUGAAAAAUUGAUUAUUUAUUAAAGAAACUCAACUUUAAAUAAAGUUAUCUGUUAGGCUAUUGAAUUUCGUUAUCCAAGUAUAUUAAUUGGAAGAUACAAUUGUUAAACAAGAAUGAUAGAUGUUGAACAUUAAGAUCCUAUUUCUUAAACAAUGAUACUAGAAAAACAGGAAAAUAAAUAGGAUAAGUCUGAUACUUUACCUUAAUAAUAGACAUUGAUAAAAAGUUCUGCAAGAAUAACAUCAAAAGAAUUGAAAGAUUCAAUCACUAAAAGAAAAACAAUUAAUGCAAAAAGAUAAUAGGGAUUAACUAAAUAAGAUUCACUUUAAGUUACUUAACCAUAAUAAUGGAAUAAAAGAACUAUAUUAUCAGGAGAGUUAACGAAUCCACUUACAAUCACAAAUUAAUAAAAUACUAAUUUAUUUACAUAAGCUUCAACAGUUAUGAUUACUAAACCUACUUUAGCAUCUCAAUAAUCUGUGUUUAAAGUACCAAGUUCUAAACAUAUCGAUCUUAAUAGUUCAUAGUAAGAUAUUAGUUCGUCUUUUCACUCUUCUUAAAAUGAUGAAUCUAGACGUUCUAGUAAAAUAGAAUAAAUUUAAAAUCAACAUUCUUCUUAAACUUAAUAUGCUUAACCACCUUAAUAAUAAGUAUUGAAAAUGCAAAAUUAAAAUGAAGAAAGUUUUAAAAGUGUUUAAGAAUAAAAAGAUAAAUUUCAUUUAUUACAAGAGAGCAAGGUAUUUGUAAUAAGAUGAUUUAGAAUGCAUUAAGUAUGUAUAUGUAUGCUUUAAAAAUGAGAACUCAUAUUAAAGAAUCUUAACGUAGAUAAAAAUUAGAUACAAAAUAAUUAAUUUAAUUAGCUAUUUAUGAUUAUAAUUUUACAGAGGUAUUAAAUUCCAAUAAUUUGUCUUAGUUUAUAGAUAAUAUUUAAUUAAUUCCUGAAAUGUAAAUAGAUGUUCCUUUAUAAAAUGGAAAUACUUAUUUGAUUUUAGCAGCUUAAUGUGGAUGUAAAGAGAUUGUUUAUGAAUUAAUAAAAAGAGGAGCUGAUAUCAAUAUUUAAAAUGUAUUAUUUUACUAAGGAAGGAUAGAAUGAUGGUAAUACAGCAGUUCAUUUAGCUUUAGCAUAUGGUCAUUACUAAAUUGCAGAUAUGUUAAUAUAGGCUGGAGGAAACACUCAUAUUUUGAAUAAAGAAGGAUUAAAUGCAUGGAGUGUCUUAUGA